CUUGUGCUGUAGGGUGUGGGUGCAGCAAGGUCCAGCACCCAUAAUUCCCUUCCCCCACAGACGGCCCUUUCCUCAGGGCCCAGCCUGGUACCAGGAGCCCCCCCAGCAGGGGGACUGCGCCUGGAAGCUGUAAUGGAGGCCCUGCAGAGGCAGCAAGCAGCACGGCUGGCCCAAGGGGUGGGGCCUUUGGCCCCUCCACGCCUACCGCUUCCACAGCCUCCUCUGCUUGGCGCCCGGACCCUACAGGCUGAGGGGGCCUUGGGGGUGGUUAGGGCUGAAGAAGUGGAGGGUGCUGAAGAAGAUGAGGAGGGAGAGGCACCCUUAGCAGAAGAGGAGGCAGAUGAGGAGAGCCAUCCAGGAGCCCGGUGUCCCAACUCACCUUCCAACCAGCCCCCUGGACUCCAACCACAUGAGUGGACCUAUGAAGAACAGUUCAAGCAGCUGUAUGAACUCGAUGCGGACCCCAAGAGGAAGGAAUUUCUGGAUGACCUGUUUAGCUUCAUGCAGAAGAGGGGAACGCCAGUGAACCGGGUUCCCAUCAUGGCCAAACAGGUGCUGGACCUGUAUGCGUUGUUUCGCUUGGUGACAGCCAAGGGUGGCCUGGUGGAAGUCAUCAACCGAAAAGUGUGGCGAGAAGUCACACGCGGCCUCAGUUUGCCAACCACCAUCACCUCUGCAGCCUUCACACUACGCACCCAGUACAUGAAGUAUUUAUACCCAUACGAGUGCGAGACGCGGGCACUCAGUUCCCCAGGGGAGCUCCAGGCUGCCAUAGACAGCAAUCGGCGCGAGGGCCGUCGCCAAGCUUACACCACGGUCCCGCUCUUCAGCUUAGCAGGGCCGACACCUCGGGGAGCUCCUGGCCCCGCCUCGGGUCAUGGCCCCGCCCCGGCCUCGACCCCGGGCUGCCUCGGUCCCGCCCAGGGUUCUGCUGCUGGCUUGCCUGUGCACGCGUGCGCUCAACUGAGCCCGAGCCCUGUAAAGAAAGAGGAGACCGGGGUUCCACCUCCUCGUCUGACAGUGCCUGUGGGCUUAGCCUUGGAGGCAGCACGGGAAAAGCUGGCACCAGAAGAGCCUCCAGAGAAGAGGGCUGUGCUGAUGGGCCCCAUGGACCCACCUCGACUGAGUGCACCCUCCAGUUUCCUACCCCGUGGCAAGGUUCCUCUAAGGGAAGAGCGAUUGGAUGGGCCCCUCAAUCUGGCAGGCAGUGGUAUCAGCAGUAUCAACAUGGCACUGGAGAUCAAUGGGGUGGUCUACACUGGUAUCCUCUUUGCCCGCCGCCAGCCUGUGCCAGCUUCCUUGGGUCCAACCAAUCCUCCACCUCCACCCUCUACAGGGCCUCCUUCCAGCACCUUGCCCUGAAGGCAGCUAUUGAGAAUUAAGAGUCUCAAUAUCAUUGCAGGGGAGAGAAGGUGCCCUCCCACCUUGAUUCUUUCAGGAUGUGAUGCCCCCUCUGGGAUCCAGUUCUGGGAGAUGACAGCAUGCCACCUCCACACCAAAGGGAUUUCUUG